GCCGCAAAAGCGCGUUCCCUUCACUCCAGUCCGUAGCGCUCGGCGCGUCUGCUGCUCUGUUCCAGGGUCGCCGCCAAUGGAGCCAUCCCGUCGUCGUCAACAGCGGCAGCCUGCGGUUAUUGGGUGUCAGCCCGUCGUCGCCGAGCGCGGAUGGUGAAGUGACAGCAGAAAAGGUGGCGUGGACAGAGACAGACACCGAGACAGGGCGACAAGAAGGAAGCCCCCUGAGCCACGCAACGAGCGGACUCGACGCAGACGGUGUGGGGGGGAGAAUCGGCUUUGCGGAGGCUGGCAAGCGUUUGACAAGCCCGGGGGGAGGAGAACUGACUGCACCGAAAGGAUUUUCAUCUUUUAAAAUGGAUACUUGCGAGAAGGGACCACCACUAGAAGAAGAGUUUGAUUCACCCGAGGAGGAAGAAGUGGACCCCAGGAUUCAGGGCGAAUUGGAAAAACUGAACCAGUCUACAGACGACAUUAAUAGAUGGGAGACGGAACUGGAGGAAGCUCGGCAGAAAUUCCGCUCUGUUUUAGUUGAAGCCACAGUCAAACUCGAUGAACUGGUUAAGAAGAUUGGAAAACCAGUGGAAGACUCCAAGCCUUACUGGGAAGCCCGGAGAGUAGCACGACAGGCACAGCUCGAAGCUCAGAAGGCCACCCAGGAUUUCCAGAGGGCAACAGAGGUGCUGCGUGCGGCUAAGGAAACGAUCGCCCUUGCAGAGCAAAAGCUGUUAGAAGAUGACAACCGGCAGUUUGACUCGGCCUGGCAGGAAAUGCUCAACCACGCCACACAGAGAGUUAUGGAGGCAGAGCAGACAAAGACCCGAAGCGAGCUGCUGCACAAAGAGACGGCUGCCAAGUACAACUCCGCCAUGAAUCGCAUGAAGCAGUUGGAGAAGAAACUGAAAAGAGCCAUCAAUAAAUCCAAGCCAUACUUUGAAAUGAAGGCCAAGUAUUACCUUCAACUUGAGCAACUGAAGAAAAAUGUGGAUGACCUGCAGGCCAAGCUGUGCUUGGCAAAAGGCGAAUACAAGAUGGCCCUUAAAAACCUGGAGAUGAUUUCCGACGAGAUUCACGAGAGGAGGAGGUCGUCGGCGAUGGGGCCACGAGGAAGAGGCGUAGGCGCUGAAGGGGACAACAACUCUCUGGAGGACCUGUCUGGUUUUAAAAUGGAGUCGGAUGCAAUUUCUAUGACCUCGGAGGUGUUUGAGGAUGACAACUGCAGCAGUGUGGUGUCGGAGGAAGACUCGGAGACGCAGUCGAUGUGCAGUUUAAGCUCUGGGCCCACGAGCCCGCUGGAGAUGCCCGCCCCUUUCACGUCGUCUUCAUCGCGGCCCAGCAGCCUCGACCUGCCCAGCCCGGUGUCUCUGUCUGAUUUCGGCCUAAUCUCCCCGGUCUUGGGGCCGCGCAGCGAGUGCAGUGGGGCGUCCUCUCCAGAAUGCGACCUGGAGAGAGGUGACAGAGCAGAAGGAGCCGAAGAUGAAAACGAGAACGUCCUGAACAACAACAGUAACAGCAGCAGCAGCAGCAGCAACAACAACAAAAAGAAUGGCCUGGAAACCAAGAUGAGCCGCCUGUCUCUGAAACGCAUCAAGACCGAGUUUGGACCCCGGAAGAGCGGCGAGCACUUCAGUCUCGCUCCGCGUCCGGCCGCUGCCCCCGUGUUAGUCCACCGAGUUUAAAAAUCUCCUAGUGCUUCGUCAAGCCCCCCGAUGUGUGCCAUUGAGAAUUUGUGCCAACAGCCGAUUUAUUUGGAUGACAACGCCAUGCUGUUCUCUUUGAAGCUUUCGUCGAGGAUUCUAGUUCUGGUGCUUAUGAACGGACAUCACGUGGCUGGCGAGUGCCAAGAAGCUUGACGUCCUCCACGUCCCCCGGCUCACGUGACGUCUGAUGUGGCACCCUGCAGGUGGACUGUGCACAGCUGGAGCCCCGAGGUGUCCUCAGACAUGCACUCAUCACUUGGUUGGCAUUACCUGCAGCUUCCUUCCUUAGACUGGCGGGGCCGCCAUAUUCGGGCCUUUCGAUGACCUCCUCUUCCUCCUCCUCUCGCUGGGUUAUUUUUUAUUAUUUUUUUUUUUUUUUGUGCCGCUCCUCCAGCAGCCGGUGGUCUAAUUCAGUGUUCAGUGGGCUCUUCAUUUCUUUUUUCCUUUCUUUCUCCCCUCUUAUGUACGGAGCAUGACAGGCGUGGCGCAAAGGGUGGGCUUCAAGGCUUUCGCUUCACCACCGUCCUGUCUUGCAGAACCGAUAAAGCAGCCGGUGACGGCGUGUGGCGAAGCUUCUCUCUACGGUCACCGGCCGGCCAUUUGCUUUUAGAAGUGAAGACUUUGAGGGGUACUUCAAGAUGGGACGGUGAGACGGUCAGAAGGAGGGCAUCUGCCCAAUUUGGGGAUUUUUUUUUUUUUGUCACCAACACUUGCACAUUUUCGGCCCAUUUUAGGAUUCUUUGCACAGAUUUUCUAGCAUUUCAGCCCCCCAGCGGUCGUGUCUGUGACGGCGCGUUGGGUCCUCUGGUGUGCCGGCGGGACUUUUGCACUGCGGAGGUUUCAGGUGAUGUCACGUUGUACUGUAAGGUACCCCAACUGCAUUUCCGUCGUCGUGCCCAGUCAUAGCAAUAUUAGCAAGACGCCUCCUUUAAACGACGUGUGUGUAACUUCAGUGUCUUGUAUGGUGUCACUCUCACCCUGGCUGCUUGCGUCCGUGUUUCUAGAAUACAAUAAACGGCUUUUCACUGCUG